UAAUAAGUCUAUGACUCCCAUGCACUCACUUAAGCUUACGUAACGAGAACGCAUUCAUCAUCACCUCUCAUUUUCACGUCUCCUCUUCAACUUUUCAACUCUUUUAAUCUCAAGUCUCCAUAUAUACAAAACUCUCCUUUUGUUAAUUUCUCUCUUUGAUCAUUUACAAAGAAAAACAACUCGCCGAUCACAACAUGCCGGGAAAUUCUCACCGCCGGGGAUCCGUCGUCAUAUUCACGGUGAUGAUGAUCACGUUGCUGACGUGUCCAACACUCAUCAAAGCUUCAUCAUCAUCAUCCUCAGAUGCUUCUUUAGAAGCAAGAAAGCUAGAUGAGGUCGAUCCCAUCAAGUGUUCUCCAAGCUGCAUCCAAAACCCUCCGCCGCCGUCUCCUCCACCACCGUCUCCGCCACCACCUGCGUGUCCUCCUCCGCCGGCUCUUCCACCUCCGCCGAAGAAAGUCAGUCCUAACUGCCCGCCUCCACCGCCGGCUAAUUUUUUGUACAUCACGGGUCCGCCAGGAAAUCUUUACCCCGUCGAUGAGCAGUUCGGAGCAGCCGCCGGAAAAAGCUUUACGGUGGUGAAGCUCUCAGGUUUGAUCGCGCUUGGAAUUAUGGGGUUCUUGAUUCUUUGAAAUUAACAUGAUCGGAGAAGAAAUAUUUGAAGAUCUACGGUUGGUAUGUUGUUGUCACAUACUUUUUUAAUUAGUUGUUUAAAGAACGUUAUUGAUCGUUGGUUAAUAAUUUUUACUAGCUAGGAUCAUAUAUGUUUCAUCAUAUUUUUCCUAUAUCCGAAUUUUCUAAUGGUUUUUUUAAACCAAAAUAAUAAGGUACGUAGACCAAAAAUGAUGUUCAGGGAAAUAUGUAAAGUCUAGAAAUUUAUUCUCUUUAUGGGAUAUGUUCUCUGUUCAACUUGCCAUUGAUGAAUUGAUUCUCGAAAGUAAAAAGUUUUCUUUGUGCGGAAUAAUUUGUAUAGAAAAGCAAAUUGUUCUUAAUAAAUUGUAAAGAUAGUAUUUUUUCCGAAAGGGAGAUAAAAGAAUAUAAAGUUAAAAAGGCUAA